AUGGGCGACACCAAAUCCAACAAUGUCGAGCUCAUCGAGGAGCUCGAGCACACAAAGACCCUCGAGCAGGUCGGCACCAUGGGAACUGUCAAGUUGACCGAUGGAGACAUUGUCUACAUCCCGACGCCGACUGCUGAUCCCCAAGAUCCUCUCAAUUGCCCAACCUGGCAGAAAUGGGUCAUCCUGGUCAUCAUCUCGUGCUUCUCGGCCGUCGGUCUCUCCGUUGUCAGUGGAUUUGGUGGUCUGUUGGGAUUCUACAUUCCCGGAUAUGUGAAGCUGGGCAAGGACUACGCCGACAUCACUCAUCUCAUGACUUUUCCUACUCUUUUCAUGGGCAUUGGUAACAUCAUCGGUAUGCCUUUCGCUCUUGGAGUUGGCCGCCGUUCCAUCAUCCUCAUCUCGAGUAUCAUCCUGGUCGUCGGUUCAGUCAUGUGCGCUACAGCCAAGACUUAUGAAUUCCACCUUGCCGCUCGCUGCAUCGUCGGUCUUGCCGCCGGACAAAGCGAGGCCCUCGUUCCCAUGAUCACUCAGGAGAUGUACUUCCUCCACGAGCGUAGCAAGUACCUGAUGACCCAGCAAGCCAUUCAGGUUAUCAUCACCACCAUCUACACGGUUUUCGCCAGCCCUAUCGCUGGUAAGAUCACUCCCGAGGGUUGGUACGGUCUUGGUGCUGGUCUCGCUGGCGCUGUGUUCGUCGCUGCUUUCUUGUUCCUGCCCGAGACCAAGUACGAGCGUCCCCUUUCGUCCUACCAGGAGGCUGCCGAACACCACUUCGAUAUCGAAGAGACCGUCACUAAGGCCUCUCCUUCGGUCACUCUUUGCACCGUUAGACCCGAGUUGGACUUUGUCCGUUACGCCCCUCGCACCUUCCGCUCUGACCUCCGCCUGUGGGUUGGCAGACCCGACAUGAAGGAGGUUCUGAACGUGUACAAGCAAAUGUUUGGCCUUCUGGUCUUCCCCAACGUCCUCUGGGCUCUUUGCCUCAACGGUUUGACUCUCGGUGCCAACAUCGCCAUCGGCACGACAUAUGGUGGUAUCGUCACUGCUCCUCCUUACAACUGGAAGCAGGACAAGGCCAGUUAUGUCAACAUUGGUCAAAUCGUCGUUGCCAUCAUCGCUCUGCCCCUUCUCGGCUCUGGUUCCGACAAGCUUGUCAAGUGGCGUGCUCAGCGCAACGGUGGCAUCCACGAGCCCGAGAACCGUAUCCUUCCCCUUAUCUUGCCCUUGGUCGUCGGUGUCUUCAGCUGUGUUCUCUACGGUCUUGCUGCUGCCCACCCCACCCACUACCACUGGUUCACCUACGUCUGGGUCGUGGCCGCCUACUACUUCGCCUUUGUCGGUGCCAACAUCGUCGCCAUCACCUAUCUCCUCGACAGCUACCCCGCUCGCGCUGGUCCUCUGCUUGUCAUUGUCUGUGCCAUGAGAGGUAUCAUGAGUUUCGGUGUCAGCUACGGUAUCCAGCCGAUGAUUCAAGCCAAGGGCUACGAUGGUGCUUUCGGCAUCUUUGCCGCUCUCACCGCCGCCUUCGGUCUCAUUGGUGUUCCGAUCUUCAUCUGGGGCAAGAACAUCAGAGCCUUCACUGGAAAGUGGGCCAAGAACAAGGACGAGUAG